CAACCAUAAGGUUCCUACCGCAUCCUCCUCCUCCUUCUUCCCUCUCCUUCCGCUCGAGUAUAUCCCGUUUUUUCGGUUUGGUUUGGUCCCGCAAAUUUUCAAAUAUUUACUUCCUGUACAUCAAGAGGAAAGGGGGUCCCCCUUUCAUGGAAUGCGGAAACAUGGGUCUGUUCGACCGCGGAGUCCAGAUGCUGCUGACCACGGUGGGAGCCUUCGCGGCCUUCAGCCUCAUGACCAUCGCGGUCGGCACAGACUACUGGCUGUACUCCCGCGGCGUCUGCAGGCCCAAGUCCAUGAACGAGAACGAGACCAGCAAGAAGAACGAGGAGGUGAUGACCCACUCGGGCCUGUGGAGGACGUGCUGCUUGGAAGGAAACUUAAAAGGGAUGUGUAAACAGAUAGACCACUUUCCUGAGGAAACAGAUUACGAAGCGGACCCAUCUGAGUACUUCUUACGUGCGGUGCGAGCCUCCAGCAUCUUCCCCAUCCUCAGUGUCAUCCUGCUCUUCAUGGGAGGCCUGUGUAUAGCUGCCAGUGAGUUCUACAAGUCACGCCACAACAUCAUCCUCAGCGCAGGAAUCUUCUUUGUGUCUGCAGGCCUGAGCAACAUCAUCGGGAUCAUCGUGUACAUAUCAGCCAACGCGGGGGACCCUUCAAAAAGCGACUCGAAGAAGAACAGCUACUCUUACGGCUGGUCCUUCUACUUUGGUGCCCUCUCCUUCAUCAUGGCUGAGAUGGUGGGCGUUUUGGCUGUGCACAUGUUCAUCGACCGCCAUCGACAGCUCCGAAUAGGGGCGCGCGCAGCCGACUACCUCCAAGGCUCAGCCAUAACACGAAUCCCCAGCUAUCGCUACCGAUACAGACGCCGCUCGCGCUCCUCCUCCCGCUCCACAGACCCGUCCCACUCCCGCGACACCUCGCCGGUGGGCCUCAAGGGCUUCAGCGCGCUGCCAUCCACGGAGAUCUCCAUGUACACGCUGCCCCGGGACACCCUCAAGUCCUCCGGCACGCCCACCGCCACCUACAACUCUGAGAGGGACCACGGCUUCCUGCAAGUCCACAACUGCAUCCAGAAGGACCUGAAAGACUCGAGCCAGACCAACACAGCCAACCGCCGCACUACGCCAGUAUGAGGGAUUCGACACAGGCCAGGGCAGCCCGGCGGAGACCAGGAGACACGGGAACCCCUGUGGGCGCGGUACGUCCCAGGAGAAGAUGGAUUUCCAUGUUUAUAGACAUUUGUUCUUUUUGUUCAGCUGCAUGACUUUUCCAUUACCAUUGUUGAGAGAGUUUCAACAAGUCUGCUGUGUUCCUGGAUUAAAUAGCAGAACAGUGAGAAUGGGUCAGGGUGUCCACAGAGAGUGAGAUCUGUCAUUUUUUUGCGCAGGGUUUGUUUAUGAGGUCUGGGGCACUGAAAGGCAGGGUGGGAGAGUCUGGGCAUUUAUGAGAUAUAUAUUUCAUGAUUUCAUAGUCCUUUGGUUUGACAGUUUUGCCUCGCAAGUUUGGUUGGAGCAACAGGCCAAGCUCCCCCUCAGCAGGCCCACCACUCAGAUUCACACCUCUU